GCAUGUCAGAAUUGAGUCAAAGUAGAUCAACUGUUCGAUGAUUUAAAUGUUCAUACCUUGCUUUGGUUAAGCUGAUAUGAUUGUAUUGGCUUCUUAGAAGUUAGUUAAAAAAAGGGCAGCCCGGUGCACGUAGCUCCUGCUUGCACAGGGUCCGGGGAAGGGUCCAACCACUUUGGGCCUUUUGUGUGCAGCCUUUCCCUACAUUUCUGCAAGAGGUUGUUUCCAGGACUCGAACCCAUGACCUCAUGGUCAAAAAGAGGCUUCGUAGAAGCUAGAAGUAAUAAAUUCUGAACAUAAGAAAGAGAAAAAAAAAAGCUCCGAACCAUUUUGUUUUGACUAUUAAGAAUAUAUUAUGUGGGAUCAUCACGUUAGUUAGUUCUGGGGAUCCAUGCAGCUGCAAGAGAAGAAACCAUAGUUAUGGAGGGCAUCAUUUAGAUUUGAUUUAGGACUCUAGUUCUUGGGAUCGUGCAGAUGCGAGAUAAGUGGUUUACUGUCAUGGUACAUAGAGGGCACUAAUCAGACUUGAAUUUGGACUCAUUUCUUACAGAAAUGUAGGGAAAGGCUGCGUACUAUAGACCCAAAGUGGUCGGACCCUUCCCUGGACCCUGCGCAAGCGGGAGCUACAUGCACCAGGUUGCCCUUUUUUUUUCCCGAGAAAAAUGCAAAUCUUGCGCCUUGAUGCUUUAUAAUGGAAGAAUAUGUACAUGCUGUGAGCCUGAGGUAACAGCACAUGUAGGCAACAGCUUUUGAGCCUUGAUACACAAUAUUGAAUAUAUCGAUUGCGUGGAUGAACAAUAUUGGUGAGAGGCGAUCCCCCUGACCUUGCUGACUUGGUGAUUGAGGAGCUUUGUAUAUCACGGUGCGAAACAGCAAGGCAAUCCAGGCUGUGAACUGUAUGCUAAAGCCAAGCUUUCGGAGGACCUCAAAACGAUACAAUCGAAGGAGCACUGAUAUCCAAUUUGAGGACAACUGAGGAGCUUUGAACCUUGCCAGGAACUGCGCCAUGAGCUGUGCCAACAUGAAAUUGUCAUGGAUGCUCCUAUCGUGCAAUGAAGGCUCCUUGGUUUUGCAUCUUCAUUACGUCGAGCUUGGGUGCAGAUACUUCCUAUAAAGCAUUCAUCAAGCCUCAACUCGUGAUUGAUUUUGUUGCCGAGCUUCUUUGCAGACGCAUCUCCGAUGGCCCCAUAAAUUAUAUUGAACGCCUGAAGAUCGCGAAAGCUUUGCAUGGUAUAAAGGUUUAUGUCACACAUAGGGGCGAUGUGCGUAAGAAGUACCGUAUAUCUGGCCUUUCAUCAGAAGGGGCAAGCAAGCUAUCUUUUCCAGUUGGUGAUCAUGGAACUCAGAAGACAGUAAUGCAAUACUUCCAGGAGAAACAUGGCUAUGAUAUUCAGCAUUUUGUUUUGCCUUGCUUGCAAGUUGGUAAUCAGCAGAGGCCAAAUUACCUGCCAAUGGAGGUCUGUAAGAUAGCCGAGGGACAACACUACAGAGAACAGUUAAAUGAGGAACAGUUAUCUGCUCUUCGUGAAGUUACUUGCCAGCGCCCCAUAGAGAAGGAACUGGCCAUUUUACAGACUUCAAAAUUAUACAAUGCGGACCCAUAUACAAAGGAAUUUGGCAUAACUUUUUAUAACAAACUCACAACAGUUGAAGGUCGUGUGCUACCUCCUCCUUACGUAAGUAUCAUAACCAUCAGUUUGUAUCUACUUAUUUCCCAUAUAUGUUACAUUUGCAUUGUCUCUCUGUGUUUUACUAUUUUUUUUGGGUCUUGGCUUAAAUUUCUUGAUCGCACUGGCAAAAAUGAUGUAUUAGUGUUACCAAAAGUCGGCAAGUGGGAUAUGUGGUGCAAGAAAAUGGUCAAUGGAGGAGUAGUUAACACCUGGGCAUGCAUUAACUUUGCUUGGGAAGUCACAGAUGCUCAUGCUCUGAAUUUUUGUGAUGAGUUGGUGCUGAUGUGCAAUGUAUCCGGGAUGGACUUCAGGCCUGAACCUGUGCUCCCUGUAGCAGCUUAUGACCCUAAAUCCGUAGCACGGUCACUCAAGAAACACCAUAAACGUGUCAUGAACAUACUUGGACCACGGCGCCAAAAACUCGACCUGCUGAUUCUAAUAUUGCCUGACAAUAAUGGCACUCUUUAUGGUGACAUCAAAAGAAUAUUGGAGACAGAUAUUGGAGUGGUCUCUCAAUGUUGUCUUGCAAAACAUGUUUUUAUGCCAAAAAAACAGUAUUUUGCGAAUGUUGCCCUUAAAAUUAAUGUUAAGGCCGGAGGGAGAAAUACGGUACUUGUUAGUGCUUUGGAGAGGAAACUCCCCCGUAUUGGUAAAAUACCGACUAUCAUAUUUGGCGCUGAUGUUAGUCAUCCACAUCCUGGAGAAGGAUGUUCUAGUCCUUCCAUUGCAGCUGUUGUUGCUUCUCAAGACUGGCCUGAGAUUACCAAGUAUGCUGGAUUAGUCAGUCCACAAACCCAUCGGGAAGAAGUCAUAAAUAACCUUUUUAAUGAAGAAACUGGUGGAAUGAUCAAAGAGCACCUCAUUUCUUUCAGGAGGGCAACUGGAUGCAUACCUGGGAGAAUCAUAUUUUACAGGGAUGGUGUCAGCAAUGGACAGCUUAAUCAGGUUUUGGAUGUUGAACUUCCUGCCAUAAAAAAGGCCUGUGCAUCCCUGGACCCUUGCUAUAGCCCACGAGUUACCUUUGUUGUCGUUCAGAAACGUCAUCAUACCCGUCUGUUUUCUGAUAACUAUGAUGUUGUGAGUACAAUUUAUGGAAGUGGAAAUGUACUACCUGGUACAGUGAUUGAUAAAGAAGUAUGCCAUCCCACUGACUUUGAUUUUUAUUUGUGUAGCCAUGCUGUCACUAAGGGAGUGAGCCGACCUGUGCGUUAUCAUGUUCUGUGGGAUGAAAACAAGUUUACGGCUAACGCUUUGCAAACGCUCACAAACCACCUAUGCUACGCGUAUGCGAGAUGCACCUCUUCUGUUUCAGUUGUGCCUCCUGUCUACUAUGCACAUCUUUUGGCUUCGCGGGGACGACUUUAUAUCAAACGAGGGCAUGAGGGAUCCUUUCCCGUUCUCAGUGAAAAUGUGAAAGGUGUUAUGUUUUUCUGCUAAAGCAGUUUUGAAAGUGUUGAUAUGGGUGAAUAGGAGCCCAGAACAAUUUACAUUGAGCUUGAGCUUUAGUUUAAUACUAAUCAUGUUUCUGAGUAGAUCCUAAUUACUCCCUCCUAUCCAUUGUACUACAUUAAUCUGCGAUAAUCAAUAUUGGAUCAGAGAGAGUACACUUUAGAUA